AUGUUUCGACGGAAGAAGGGUGGAAAUGUAUCGGUAACUGGAGAAGAUUCGAAUGGAUCACCAAUGGAUAGCUCUGAGUCUGUUCCCGCGACGCCACCUCUCAUAAAUGCACCAGCUCGAGUAUCAGCAACGGAGUAUGAUUCAUUCGAAAAUGAUUAUCCCUUAAUCGAUGAAAGGGAGUUUCGUCGAGCUCUUGAUCGAUGUUAUACGCAAUCGCAGAAUGCGAACGUAUGUAAAUUAAAUAUCAGUAAAAUACCAGCGCGAAAUGAGUUCGAGAAUUUGUUGGAAGAAGUGGGAGUUGAAAUCUGCACAGUUGGCGAUGAUGAAAUAUCAAUAUAUCUAACAAAUAGUUUUCAUGAUCUGAUAAAGAAAUUGGAUGCAUACUGCAAGGAUGACAGUAAAAGAGCAGGUUUUUUUGAUCUUUUCGAGGAAGAAAUUGUUGAAGAGGUCAAACUUAAAAUGUAUUUGUCGCCUUCCGCUACCGAAGCGGGAUAUGUGGAUACAUUUAUGCGGGCUCUGCUAAUGUCAAAAUCAUCACAAACUGUCGCAUUCGAUUUGAUACUACGAAAAAUUGAGACUUAUGCAAAAAGUGUUACUGGUGAUUGCACGAAAAGUGACUGCCUUGCACUUGCUUGUAUCGCACAGUUUCGUUAUUUGGAUACUAUAUAUGACUGCGAACGCGUUUUCAAUUCAGUUUUUGAUUGUGAUUUGGAGAGUUGGCAUUGUGCACCACGUGACGCUUUGAUACAAGUUCUACCGGAAAUCCUACCAAGUCGCAUCGUUCAGCAAGAUGCUGCAAAUAAUCUACAACAAAUGUUUCUGCGAAGAGUUCGCGACAAUUUAUUAGCCUUUCGAGUCACUAUACUCCAGACACUUCUUUUACUUCGCACUGAUGAACAGACAACAAAUGAAAUUCGUGGAAACAUGUUGCGAAAUCUAAUGGAAUUAAACAUGGAAGUUUUGCCGGAAUUGGUAACAUAUUGUUUGGGCAGUAUUCAAAGAAGUGAGAAAUUUGCCUUCCGGAACAUUCUCUGCAGUCUUCGAACACAUCUGCAGAUAGAAAACUUAAAAAGUACAGAAAUGGGAACCAGUAAGAAAACAGUUGGCCAAGUGCUAACGGAAAUUUUCGAAAUAAUAUUAAAGAAGAUGAAAACCAGUGAUGGCUGUUACUGGAAAGAUGCAAUAGCUACGUUGACCACCGAAAAACAGGAGCAAAAUGAUGGGAGCGACGAAAGAAGUGAUAUUGCCGAACCUAAGGAGGAUCUUGUUCCAGUUGCGAAAAAGGUGCCGGUUCUUUUUGAUGUUUUAUUUUAUUUUGCGUUGAUGGAUGUGAGUAACUGGAACCGUAUAAUCCAUAGUAUCUUCAAACAACAGAUUUUAUGCGGUCAUCAUUUUCAAUUGGAGCAACUCAUUACAUUGGCUUUUGAAUAUACUGAGUUUACUCAACACUUUUUCCGCCCAAUCUGUAAUUUUUUCGAAAUUCUGAUGUGGUCUCCGGCGCCAAUUUAUAUGCAUUUUGGAGCCCAUGGAUACAAAACUCUGUUUAUAAAACUUCCAUCAGCGCAAUCAGCGGUCUUCAAUCAUAUUAUUCAACAUUUGAAUGGAACAGAAGAAGAAAUCACCACCACGCUUUCAAUGUUGCAGGAUAUUGCAGAAAAUCACAAUGAAGAACUUGCAAAGUUCUCUCUUGUUCUUAGUAAAAAAAUACCGUGUUUGAUCAAUUUUUCAUUCGACAAUGUAUGUCGGUUUUUUAAUAUAUUGCUUUCGGUGGAGCGAACCGCCGAACAGUCUCAAAUUACAGAAAAACAUAAAGGAUUGGAUUUUGAAAUUGAACAAAUGAUAUCCUCGUCUUCGAUAAAAGAAAAAGUAUGGGGGGUUCUUGGUGUGUUGAUGCAGCUGCAGCAGUAUCUUAUGAAUAACAGAUUAAAUGCCGAAGAUCGUGAAAAGAUGCUCAAGCAAAAGUUAACAUUACUGGAUGAACGAACAAAACAUAGCGCCUAUUUGCGCACUUGUUUCUAUCAACAUUUUGCAAGGAUCCUGAAUAUGAGUACUGGAGUUGGACACAGCACUGUUUUGGUUGUCUGGGCUGAAAGACUGUGUUUGGAAUUCAGACGGAAUUACUUAACACGAUGUGAACGAAAUUCUACACAGUGCCGCUUGGAGGAUGAACGCUAUAGCAAUUCAUUACAUAACGAAUGGCUUUGUUUAAGCGAGUUGGUGAAACAUUCCUCGAAAAUACCCGAUUCAGAAAGUGGGAUUUUUGAACCAAUUGCUCAUUUCCAACUUCUUUUAGCGCUCACUAAGUUGAAGUAUUUAUGGGCCAACAAACAACACAAUGAUGGUUUUCUUGUGGAACUUCGCUUUAUAUUAGAAGCGAAUAUUUCAAUGGUUGAAGUCAACCUGGAAACGAAAGACAAACAGAGCAGAAUUACAAAUUGUGACAUUUUCUUUUUCUGUAUUCAGUGGAUCCGUCUGAUGCUAAAUACGUUUACUGUAAGCAGCAAUAGGAUAUGCGAGACGGAUAUAGAAGAUAUCCAUGCUAUAUUACGCAAAAAAUUUGCAUUAAUGAUGGAGUGCCAGAAAAGCCUGAAGUACACCAUUCAAAAAAUCGGAGAAUAUAGGAUGCCACGUGUGUUGGGUUUUGAACAAACCGAAUUAAUAGUGUUUUACGAUAUUCCUAAAAAACCAUCGUCCAAAAAACGGAAAAAUACAGUCAGUGAUGAAAGAGAAAUUAAUGAAAGUGAAAAUGGAACAAAAUAUAUGGAUGACGAAGAGAACAAGUUAAAUGAAACGGAGGAUCAGGAAAACAGGAAAGGUUUACAAAGGGAUGCCACUCAAACGGAGAUUAACAAAGCUAAAAUUGUCGAAAUUGAACAACUCAGACGGACGAUGACUAAAAAUUUGGGCCGACAGAGGCUAGUUGCCGAGUCCCAGUUGUUAUCUUUUUUCAUGCCACUUAGUUUUGCUGCUGUCAUUCAUUUGAUUGAACUGUUGCCAAAGAAGAGAAAACAAACAACGUUUUUACUAGAAGCUUUGGGCAAGCUGUUAGAAGAACUUUUACCUAAAAGGGACAAGAACAAAAAAAUAUCUUUCUUAUUGGCAGCCCGAAAAACUACCACAAAAAAAUUUUUGGAGAGUGGAAAUCCAAAGAUAAUUUGGCAUUCAGUUCAGUCCGUUAUCUCAACCUUAUUCGUUAUUUUACAUGGUGCAGUGGACUAUUUCAAAAGUCUUCAAGAUACAUCCGUCGUCUUCGAUGUUACCAAACGCUCCUAUUACGUUGACAUGAGCGCUCUCAUGCAUUCGUCACUGGUCGUUUUCUAUAAUAUAUUUUCAUCCCAAGACUUUAUGAAAGUAUCCAGAGAUGAUUCAGAAGAGGAAGGGCGAUCUCAUCAUUUAAAAAUCGAACGUCGAAAAUCGGUUAUGGAGAACUUGGAAAGAACGAUGAUUGAUGUUGGAGUUGUUGAGGAUACACGGGGGGUGGAUGACAUAGAGGACAUUGUUUCGAGCUACUUUAUAAGUAUUUCCGAGAUCGUCCCUACACUGGAUUGUGCUGUUUCUUUACUUCAGUUACUUUCCUGUGAUUUCACUAACACACGACAGAAACCUAAAGUUGCAAAAUCAGCACUUGCGUACUUGAAAAGAGAAUGGUCUGAUGUAGAAGAAAAACCAGUGAGAGGUGCAUCACUUAAUCAAGCGGUUGCAAACAUUUUGAGGAUGUAUCUUUCAUUUCGGGAACAAAAUGACCGGCUUUCUGCGAUCCAGUGGAUGUUAGCAAACAAAAUAUCUGAAUUAGUCCCAGAAGACGAACGGCGACGAAGUAAGAUUUCAUCCCUGGAACCGUGUCGCGACAAGGAUUUAAAUGAGGAUGAAGGAUCUCUUUUUACCUGUUUUAGCAAAGUUACUUUUGCUUCCAUUUAUAAAGUUUUAUUCUGUUCACUGAAUGAAACUAUCAGGAAUGUUUUGUCAUUGCAAAUGAUUGAGAAGGGCAAAUUACAGCAGGAUGAAUGCUUUGCAUUUUGGAAGAUUGCUGCUAGUAGUUUCUGUUUAUUAACUCUGCUGAUCCGUGUAAAGGAGCUGCGAAAUGCUAGUGUGCUAUUGACUGCUGCACGUGAAGGACGUUCAUUCUUACAAAAUUUUGUCGUUAAAAGUUCUUUCAUGUAUCUGCUGUCAGACGAAUCGAGGUUUGCGAGAUAUGGUGCAGAAGCAAAUGCGAUUUUGAAGACGGUACAAAUUGGUAAUCGUUCAUUACAGAAUAUGAGUGCUCAUGCGAAGAGCACCAAAUGUAAGUCAUUGUUAAAAUUGCUACCUCAGCUAAGGGCCACGUCGGAGCAGUUUAUUAGAGCAGUUCAUCAGCUGAUGAUUGGUGUUGACUGCGACAGUGCAUUUCAAAUUGGAUUGUUGAAGAGCAGGAAUUUAGAUGGUGAUGAACUAAAAGAAGUAGAAGUGGAAGAAGGUUCCGCCGCUGACGAUUCACAAGAGAGACUAAUAACUGAUGAAAACGGAAACGGUGAUGUAGAGCUUAUAGAGGAACAAAACGAUGUAGACAUGGAUCUAGAUGACGACAGUUCUGUUUUCUAGAUUUCUUUUAACGGAUAUACCAGGCUGUUUUGUUUUUGUGUAUAUUGAAUGAAUUUUCAUGUUUUACUGUUACCACUGUUCUUUGAUGAAUUAUUAUAUAUCCCUUGUGAAUGGAAUGAAUAGUCUGCACAACAAUCUUUAAAACUUCACAAAUGAAGGAAAUAAUUCUUUUUAAAAUAAAC